AUGAAGUACUGCGUCUUGCCUGAUUACCAAAUCCAGAAACGCGUGGCAGAUCUCCGCAUUAUCGAUGGCAAGGCCUGGGUGCAUAGCGCGGCCUUCCAAAAGCUUAAGCAUGCAGAUGCAACGUUGGAUUUUCUGGCCAAUGGAGAUGCAGCCGUGAAGGCAAAGCUGCAAAACAGCAUCCGCGUUUUCUGUGCAGACGGUGAAGGUGCUGAACAGCUUGCGGGGCGCAUGGCUCGCGUGGACAACUUGUUGCCUCGUUUGACUGCUGUGGUGCGCUGCUAUGCGCACAGCGCGCAGGGGAGUCUGGAAGCAUGCUUGGAUGUGGAUCCUGAGGCUAAGGCCUUGAUCCAGGAUCUUGUGACCCGCUUUGCAAGCGAUUCUGACAGGGGAGGCCUGGGUCGAGCUUUAAAGAACUCCCCUAAACUGGCACGGCUAUUUGAACGGGAGAUCCAGACUGACCUAUGCAAAAUUGAAGAGCUCUGUACAUCCACGAACAGCUGCAUGAAGGCCAACUUUGCGGCCCAACGCUUCAAUAGCAUUGUGGACGUGCUCCGGUUGUUGUCUUUGCGGAUCAACUCAGUUGUCAAAUUCUUGAUCAGGGUGGCCGGGACAGACGAUGACAAGAAACUUCGCACUUGGGCGAAGAGUAUCUUGAAGGUCACGGGCACAGGGCAGGUUCUCACAGCCAAGAACUUGAUAAUGCUGGGAUGCUUGACCGAGUUCUUUGAAGCAGCCGCCAAACAUGUACACAGCUUCGACAAUGCAGGUGGAAGCAGGGGGUCAGGCCAACCCAGUCGGAGCAACAACAGCGUGAUCUCUCAGAUUGCUUUGGCCUCCAGGCGCGCGCAGGAGGUGCGCGAGCAAAUGUCAAAAUUGUUCGACUUCCAUGCGGCCGACGGCUCCCAGCAAGUUCCACUCGUUCUUAACAAAGACUUUUCCCGUGGAUAUGUGCAGAUGAUUUGUGAAAGUAUGCAAGAGCUUAGCAACUUGUCCAAAUGGGCCCUUUCGUUUGACCCCGUUUUUGCCACUGGCAAGGGCAAGAGCUUCAACGUCAUCCAUGAGGGUGAGUUGCUGUAUCGUUUGGACUGCUACCAGCUUAGUGCCCGUGAUGUGGUCGCCGACUGUCUGGGGCACAUCAGCCAUCUGAAAGCAUGCUAUCUGAAUGGCAUACUCUCCGAGCAUGAAGCUGGACUCGGAGAAGGCCUGGCUCCGUUCGAUGUGCAGCAUUGGACCUCGAACCACACCGAUGAGUCCCGCAUCUUGGAGCCUGUUGCUAAGAUGGCUGGGGUGCAGGCUGCAGAUCUUGCCAAAGAGGUCAUUCUCGCUCGGCCUACGGUGGACACGCUCUUGAGGCAAGGCUGCUUGGAUCCUGAAAAGUAUUGGGCCCGCGUCCUGGUGCACUGGCAGAAGCGGUUGCCAGCACUUCUUCAAAUGGUUCCGAUUUUGCUUUGUUUCUGGGCAUCCACUGCCGAGCUCGAGCAAAAUUUCAGCUACCUGAAGCUGUUUGAGUCGGGCAAAAAACUGGGUGCGGACUACACACAUGCUGUCAUGAAAGUUUUAUUGGAUGGUCCAGCACCAAGCCAGCUUUCUUCUCUGAAUUCAUCUGGUCAGUACGUUGUCACAGAGAGGAUUCAACGGGUGCAGCGGAUGUACUUGAAGCUGUACGGCUCAGCCAAGAAUCAGAGACACAGCGAGCUUCCACGGAGGACCAUGGCAAAGGCGGCUCCAAAGGGUUUGAGCGGCCUGUUGCGGAAUCGCCAAGCCCAGAUGCAGGCGAUAGCGGCUGGCAGUUCCGAAGAUGGUAUGCGUUUGGCCGAGCUUCCUGACUUGACGGAACUCGAGGAAAAGGCAGCCGAGCAAGUGGAGAACUUGAAGAAAAGGAAUGCCAAGCAGAUAGCUUCAGCAUCCAAGAACCUUGAGCAGAAGCAGGCAUUAAUGUAA